UACUCUGGUGAACCGCGCGGUCGCGACCUGCAGGACGAUGGGUGUUGCAGGCCGGACAUUUCAGUUGCUGUGCUUUUGGGUACCCGACGCCUAGCUGUUUCGCAUGGUAACAUGACUUUUAAUCAGUAGCAUACACCUCUGUAAGAAAAUGAGUUGUGAGCGCGACUGGCGACGCCAAUUUCGGGCUGUCCUAUGGAAGAACUUUGUGCUCCAGACGCGGAGCCGGAAAAGCAUUCUUGGAGUCGGAGGAUGGGCGGGAUUGCUUCUCCAGCUGUUCCUGCCGGUGUCCUUCUUUCUGGUCAUGUACCUGCCCAAGUACUACAUCAAGCCCAUCCGGCACGGCGAGACGCUGGGCUUCGCGCCGGUGGCGUUCGAGAGCCGCAGCUGGUCCUGGGACCCCUACGAUGGCCCCGCCACCACCAAGGCCCACGGCGGCCGCGCGCGCCUGGCCCUUGCUCCCGACACCCCCGCCACUCGCGGCCUGGCGGUGGUGCUGGCCAAAGCGCUGGCCUGCCCUCGCAACCCCGCCCUGCGCACCUGCCCCGUGCCCAACCUGCCCGCCUCGUUCCACUGCAUGUUCAUGCCGCCGCCGCCGCCCGCGCCGCCGCCCACACCGCGGCCGGCGCCGCCGCCGCGGCCGGCGGCAGCGGGGCAGAUGAAGCAGGGGCAGGAGGGCGGUGGGGAGACGGAGGAGCACAAUGAGGGAUGGGAGGGCGUGGCCGGCAGGCCCAGUGGGCGGCUGGUGCGAUGGCUGCGGCGCCGCCGUCUGGGCGCCAUGCGGAGUGGUGGCGUCGACAGCGCCGGUGGCGGCGCCGCUAUUGGUGGCGAGGCGGAGGGGCGUGCGGGGGCGGCGGGCUGGGCGGGUGCGGGUGUGGGUGUGGGUGUGGGUGUCGACGCCUGCGCCGACUUCCGCACGUGUGUGUCCACUGCGGCCUGCUACGAGCACGUGCUGAGGCGCCAGAUCACCUUCAUGCCCAGCAUUGAGGCCGCUCGCGCCAACACCAGCGUCAGCCCGGGCGUGUUCGACGCAGUGCUCUACUUCCCACACGCCGUCACGCCGCCCGCCGCCCCCGACCCGGACACCCCCGACAUCGCAGCCGACGCUGCUGCCGACCCCAACCUGCAAUCCCAGCCCCUCGGGCCGCUGCUACAGCCCCCUCAGCAGCUACAGCCCCAGCCCCAGCUACAGCCCCAGCUACAGCCUAGCAGCACGCCGCCCCCCGCCUCAGCGGCGGCCGCCCCGCUGUCCCCGCUGCUGCGCAGCCUGGGCCGGGCGGUCCUGGGCAUGAACCACACGGCGGUGCCGCCCACACGGCUGCUGCUGGACCUGUUCGAGGUGGUGCCCACGCGCGGGAACGGACUGGGGCUGUACCGCAGGUACUGGUUCUUCUCCAACCUGCAGCUGGCAGUGGACCGGUCCCUCAUCGGGCUACACGUGGCGGAAAACACACCCGUGCCGCCGCCCGAUCCCGACCCCGCGCCCUCACCGCCCCCGCCGGCUGCGACCGAUGACAGCCCGCCGCCCCCGCCGCCGCCCUCACAGCAGCAGCAGCCCGCGCAGCCACCGGCCGACCCCGCACAGAGGAGGAGGAGGAGGGGGCUCGCAGCCGACACCACUGCAAGCUCGGGUGGCAGCAGCAGCAGCAGCCGUACCAGCACCAGCAUUGGCGGCAGCAGCCGUACCAGCAGCGGUACAGCAACAGGCGGUACCGGCAGUAGCAGUACGGCAGAGGGGCCAAACUCCUCCGCCUCCGCCUCCGCCUCCUCCGCCUCCGCGCCGUCGUCAGUGUACGACAGGGCUGUGCCGGCCGCCAUCACGGUGUCGUACAAGCCCUUCCCCUGGCCCGCGGUGACGGAGGACCUGGGGGCGGCCAGCGCGGCCGUGUUCUUCAACCUGCUGCUGGUGUACGCCUUCCUGCCGCCCACCCGGGCUGUGGUGGCGGACAUCGUGCGUGAGAAGGAGCUGAGGCUGCGGGAGGGCAUGCGCGUGCUGGGCCUGAGUGAGGCCUCCUACUGGCUGUCGUGGGGCAUCACGCACUGGGUGCUGCUGGCGCUGUCGGGCGCCUUGUGCGCCGCCGCCGGCACCUACCCCUUCGCCAACACCUCCGCACUGAUCAUGCUGCUGUUCUUCUGGCUGUACGCCGCCGCGCUUGUGUCGUACAGCUACUGCCUGAGCUGCCUGUUCAGCAGCAGCCGCGUGGCGGGCACGGCCAGUCAGCUGCUGUACGCGGCGUCCAUGAUGCCGGGAUUCGUGGUGCCGGUGGUGUACCAGUACGGCGGCUGGAGCUGGUACGCCGCCUGCCUGUGUCCGCCCUCCGCCGCCAGCCUGUUCGCGGCGGCCCUGGUCAACUGGGAGAAGGUGGCAGAAGGCAUCACGGCCCGCACGCUGUGGACGCCCAUCGCCGCCGCCAACUCCUUCUCUGCGGGCAGUGUGCUGCUGCUGCUGGCGGCGGACGUGGGGCUGUACGCCGGCCUCACCUGGUACCUGGACAAGGUCCUGCCCAAGUCCUACGGCCAGCGACUGCCUUGGUGGUUCCCCCUGGACCGCCGCUAUUGGCCGCGCAGCCUGCGCCGCCGCCGCGCCCCCGCACCCACCCGGGCGCAGCGACUGGGCGCCGCCGCAAAGGCGGCGGCGGCGGCGGACGAAGAGGGCGGGCUGCUGGAGCCGCUUACCUCGGCCGCCGGCGGCAGCGCAGCCGCGGCGUCAGGCGCGGACGCAGCCGCGGCGGACCGGGAUGCCGACGACCUCGGCGGCGGUGAGCGCGACGCCGAUGGCGGCAGUGGCAGUGGCAGUGGCAGUGACGGCGAUGUGGCGGUGCGGGUUCGGGGCCUGGUGAAGACCUUCCUGUGCGCCAGCGGCGGCACCACCACUGCGGUGGACCGCCUCAGCAUGCAGAUCGAGCGGGGCCGCAUCACGGCGCUGCUGGGGCACAACGGCGCAGGCAAGACCACCACCAUCCACAUCCUGACUGGCAUGCUGCAGCCCAGCGCCGGGUCCGCCACCGUGAACGGUUUCGACGUAGCCACCCAGAUGAACCAGGUCCGGUCCUCGUUGGGCGUGUGUCCCCAGUUCGACAUCCUCUGGCCCGACCUGACGGUGGAGGAGCACCUGCGGCUGUACGGCGCCAUCAAGGGGCAGCCGGCGAAGGCGCUGGGCAGGAUCGCGCGCGAGGCCGCCGCGGGUGUGGGCCUGGAGCCCAAGCUGUCCGCCGCGGCGGGCGAGCUGAGCGGCGGCCAGCGGCGCAAGCUGAGUGUGGCCAUCGCCUUCAUGGGCAGCCCGGCGGUGGUGUUCCUGGACGAGCCCACUAGCGGCAUGGACCCCUACAGCCGCCGCUUCACCUGGGAGGUCAUCCGGCGGCACCGCGCGGCGGCGGCCAUCGUGCUCACCACACACAGCAUGGAGGAGGCCGACCUGCUCGGGGACCGUGUGGUGAUCCUGGCGCGGGGCCGGGUGGCGGCGGAGGGCACAGGCAUGGAGCUCAAGGCCGCCUACGGCGUGGGCUACAACCUGACGGUGGUGCUCCAGGAGGAGGCGCUGCGCCGCCAGCAGCACCAGCAGCAAGGCGCCGCGGCGGCACAGGCGGCGGCGGCAGAGGCGUCGGGGGCGGCGGAGGCAGGCACGGGGGCGUAUGGAGGCGGCGGAGGCGGCUCGGCUGCGGUACGGGAGGCGGCGGCGGUGGAGCAGCAGUCGCGGGCGCUGGGGGAGGCGCUGCUGCAGAUGGCCCGCCGCCACGUGGGCCCCGCCGCGCAGCUGCUGGGUGCCGCCGGCGCCGAGGUGGUGUUGCGGCUGCCGCGCGAGGCGGCGGCGGCCUUCCCGCCGCUGCUGCGGGAGCUGGACGGCGAGGGCGGGCGGGCGGCGGGCGUGGCCAGCUACGGCCUGUCGCUGACCACUCUGGAGGAGGUGUUCCUGGCCAUCACCGCCGCCGCCGAGCAGUCCCAGCCGCAGCCGCCACAACAGCCCACCCAGCCACCCACCCCGCCGCCGCCGCGCCAGCCGCCGCCCGGCGGCGUGGCGGAGCUGGCCCAGGCCUCCACCCUCCCACCCGCACCCACACCACCACAAGCCACCUCCCCUCCCACCGCAGCCGCCAACGGCCCCGCCACCGCCCCCGCCUCCUCCCCCACCACCACCACCGCCUCCUCCGCCUCCUCCUCCGCCUCUCCCACCGCUCUGGCGCUGUACCUUCAGCAGCUGCGCGCGCUGCUGACGAAGCGGGCGCUGUGUGCGGCGCGCGACCGGCUGGCGGUGCUGACGCAGCUGGCGGUGCCGCUGGCGCUGGUGGGCGUGGCGCUGUGGAUCAGCAGCCUGCAGGUGCGUGAGCCCAGCGAGCCCGCCCUGGAGCUGUCCCGCCCCACCGCCCUGUUCGGCCGCCCGAUGGCGUUGUCGGCGGCGCCGGCCGCCCGCAACGCCUCAGACGGCUGUGUGGGGGGAGGAGGAGGAGGAGGAGGAGGAGGAGGAGGAGGAGGAGGAGGAGGAGGCGGGCCGGCGGCUCCCGGGUCGUGCCUGUGGGCGUUCCUGGCGGGGCAUCCGGCGGUGGCGGGCGGGGCGGGGGCGGGCGGGGCGGUGGACAGCGGCGCCACCGCCCUGUUUGCAGGCGACGUCAAGCUCCGCAACACCACCCUGGAGGACUACCUCCUGUCCCACUGGUACUCUGGCGGCAGUAGCAGCGGCAGCAGCAGCGGCAGUGGCGGCAGUAGCCGUGUCGUGGCGCCGCCGCUGUACGACGCCCUCCACGUGACCCAGCUGCCGCCGCCCGCCGCCGUGGCCGCCGCCUCGGGACCGUACGGCCCUGGGGGAGGAGGUGGGGGUGGGGGAGGUGGUGACGCGGCGGCGGCGCUGUCGUUCGUGCUGAUGACCAACCAGAGUGCUGUGUCGGCGCUGCCUGCCGCCCUCAGUGGCGCCAUGGAGGCGGCCCUCGCCUACAUCAGCACAGGACUCACAGCAGCAGCCGCAGACGCAGACACCACGGGCCAGGCAGCCGCACAGGCAGGCGCACGGGUAGCCGCACAGGCAGCCGCGGCUGCGGCCGGCGGGGGUGGUGGUGGUGGUGGUGGCGUGUUCCAGGCGGUCAACUGGCCGCUGCCCACACUGCCCACUGAGCCGGUGGUGCAGGUCCAGCGCGACGCCGCCAGCCUGAUGCUGGUGCUGUGCCUGGUGCUGGCCAGUGCGGUGCUCAGCGCCAGCUUCGUGGUGUUCCUGGUCAGGCAGCCGCGGCUGCGGCCGGCGGGUGGUGGUGGUGGUGGUGGCGUGUUCCAGGCGGUCAACUGGCCGCUGCCCACACUGCCCACUGAGCCGGUGGUGCAGGUCCAGCGCGACGCCGCCAGCCUGAUGCUGGUGCUGUGCCUGGUGCUGGCCAGUGCGGUGCUCAGCGCCAGCUUCGUGGUGUUCCUGGUCAGGGAGCAGGACAACAACAGCAAGCACCUGCAGCUGGUCAGCGGCGCCCCGGCCUCCGCCUACUGGGCCGCCAACUACAUGUGGGACCUCACCAGCUACAGCGCGUCGGCGGCGGGGCUGGUGGCGCUCAUAGCAGCAUACAGGCUGCCGCAGUACUCGGGCCAGCGGCUGGCGGCGGUGGCGGGGCUGCUGUGGGGCUUUGGGCCCGCCGGCAUAUCGCUCACCUACCUGCUGCACUUCGCGUUCCGGGAUGAGAUGCGGGCGCUGCAGCGGCUGAACACCGCCUACUUCCUCACCGGCUACCUGGGCUUCGUGGCCACAUGGAUCAUGGACCUGAUCCAGCUGCUUGUGCCGCACCCCGGCGGCGUGGCGGCCUGGAACGGCUGGCUCAAGGCCGGCCUGCGCACCGCCUCGCCGCACUACUGCUUCGCGCGCGGCGUGUACGACGUACAGGCCACCUUCGACUCCGGCUUCCCCUUCGGCAAGCGCGGUAAGCCCUUCGACUGGGACGUGUACGGCAGCCCCAUGGCGCACAUGGCCGCACAGGCAUUCGUGUACGGCUCACUCGCCGUACUGCACGACACCGGCCUCGCGGCGGCGGCGGCGGCGCGCGUCCACGAUGCCGCGGCGGCGGCGCUGGCGGCGGCGCGGCGGCUGCUCCUGCGCCGCACCGCCACCUGUGCCGCCGCCGGCCGCCGCCCCCGCUCGUCGCUGCUGGACCGCAGCUCCAGCGGCCACGACCCCACCAUGGGUCCCAUGGGUCACCUGUUUGAGAGGCUGCUGCUGGCGGCGCCGCACAGCGGCGGCGGCGGCGGCGGCGGCGGGGCGGAUGUGGAGGGCCAGAGGGGUCGGGAGGGGGAGGGGGAGGAGGAGGCGCAUGAGGAUGAGGACGAGGACGAGGACGUGGCGGCGGAGCGGGAGGCGGUGCAGGCGGGCAGGCGGGCCAGCAGCCAGGUGCUGCUGCAGGGUGUGCGCAAGAGCUACGGCAUGGGUCUGUUCCGGCCGCCGGUGGCGGCGGUGCGCGGGCUGUGGGCGGGCGUGCCGGCGGGCGAGUGCUUCGGACUGCUGGGCGUCAACGGCGCGGGCAAGACCACCACGUUCCGCAUGCUCACGGGCGAGGUGGCGCCGGACGCCGGCGACGCCCGUGUGGGCGGCGCCAGUGUGCGCACGCAGCUGGCGGCGGCGCGGCGGCUGUUGGGCUACUGCCCGCAGUUCGAGGCGCUGCCGGGCGCCAUGACCGGCCGCGAGGUGGCCACCAUGUAUGCCAGGCUGCGCGGCGUGCCGGAGCCGCAAGUGGCGGCGCUGGUGAAGAGCCUGCUGGGGCGGCUGGGGCUGGCGGCGGCGGCGGACAAGGCGUGCGGCGAGUACAGCGGCGGCAUGAAGCGCAAGCUGGGUGUGGCGGUGGCGCUGGUGGGCGAGCCGCCCGUGUCGGCGCUGGACGAGCCCAGCACCGGCAUGGACCCGGGCGCGCGGCGGGGGCUGUGGAGCUGCCUGCAGGCGGAGGUCAUGGGCGCGGGCCGCACCGUCAUCCUGACCAGCCACAGCAUGGAGGAGUGCGAGGCGCUGUGCGGGCGACUGACUAUCAUGGCGGCGGGCAGGCUGCGAUGCCUGGGCACACCGCAGCACCUCAAGGGCCGCUUCGGGGGCGGGUACAUCCUGGACGUCAAGCUCAUCCCCCGCAGCGCCAGUUCCGCCGUAUUGCUGGGCUCGCCACGCACCGGCGCCACCACCACCACCACGCCCGGAGUAGCAGGAGCCUCCUCUCCACCACCGCUUGCACCAGCAGCAGCAGCAGCAGCAGCUGCUGCUGCGUCCUCUGCUGUCACAGCCGCUACUGCUGCUGCAGCCGGCGCUACAGCCGGCGCGCUCAGCCCGCACCCCUCGGGUGUUGCGGCUGCGGAGAGCGCCGACGCAGCUCGGCUGCAGGAGUGGAUGUCGGGUGUGUGCCCGCCGGCGCAUGUGACCAUGAUCGACCACAACCGGGUGGUGUUCGGCAUCCCACGCGGCGGCGCCGACCUGGCGGGCCUGUUCGAGGCGGUGGAGGGCGCCCGCCGCAGCCUGGGCAUAACAGACUACGCCCUCAACCAGACCACACUGGAGCAGGUGUUUGUGACCAUGGCGGCGGCUGCGGCGGCGGCGGCGGCGGCGGCGGGCGAGGAGGAGGAGAUGCAGGGGCGCGAGGGGCACAGCAGGCAGCAGCAGGGCUGAGGUGGGGCGGCGUGCGUUUCUCCGCACUACGGCGGUUUCUCCGCACUACGGCGGUGUUCGCGCGAUGAGGCUGUUUGUGCGUAUGUGAGGCGCUUGAGGAUGCCGGGUAAGGUUGCGGGCGCGGGUGGGUUUUGUGGGUGUGGAGCGGACGGGUGGCUGUGGCUGUGGCAACUGGCGAGCGGCGUGUUGUUAGCGCGGGGGGCGUGUGUGUGGUCCCUCACGUACGUGUGUGGCCCAUGCGAUAGUGGUUGUGCUUGCAGUCGGUGCAGGGCGGCGCUUGACAUGGGACCGAAACCACAGCAGAAAGGCUUUCCGGGAUGCAUACAUGAACGUUUGUGCCUUCAGUCUGCCGUUUUAGGUGAUGAGAGACAACCCAGGCCACCAGCAGGGGUCGGAUCUUGUUCUUAGGGCGAUGUUUAGCUCAGCAGACAAGAACGGCCAGCUAGCCGCUGUCUUUUGUCUGGGCACAUGGCGGUUUUGGGGCUUUCCCACAGCGACUCUUCAAGCGAUAUAGUUAGCAACACGAUGGGUGAUCAACGGUAUAGUGCUGCUGUCCGGCGCAAACUGCGCGUGGUUUUGCGCGUGUACCGAGCGAGUUACCCAAGCUAUCUAGCU